UUCCGGGGCCAGGAAGUUAGUGGCGAUUGACUUUCUUCUGGCCUUUCUGUUAGAAAAACUAGUAAAUACCAUGCUUUGCGUGUGAAAUGGUUGAUGUGUUACACGUGACUGUUCGCCAGGUGUGGCAAAUCUCUCAAUGAACGACAUCCGACACUAGCAAAGGCAGUUCACGUGCGAAAUUGUAGAGUUCACGCGCCCAAGGCGAUAGUCUGAGCCAAUGUCAAGUGGCAGGUAAACAAACUGUUCAGAACAAGUUGUUGUUUUAUUCGUCACGCAGAGGUUUUGGGUGCAUGACGUUUCAAGACUGAUGACAUCACACCUGUUGAGUUGAUACCGUUGUCGUCGAGUUGAGGUCACGUGAUGGCGAGAAGAGCACGCGACAAGAAAUGGCGUGUGAAGAUUGAGAAGUUGGAAUACACCGACAGAGAAGAUUCGGGGGUUCAUUUAGAAGAACCAUCAUCGCCCUUACAACAGCAGUGGUCAACCUCUGACCUAGAUGAAUUUGUGCGUCAGCUGACCAACCCAAAACACCAUAUAUCCAAAGUGUCAUCAGCGUCACCAAUGUCACCAACAUCCACGACACAGCCAUGUGUAACAUCACCGCGACAAGGCAGUGUGGACAAAACUCAAACAUCCGACAUUUGCACAGACUUUCAAACAAAGUGCACAGUGAGACGCGCUUGUGUUACUCGAGGCAAAUCGGAUGACGUCACCACAUCCCAGUCCCGAUUCAAACUGGGGAGAUUAAGACGAACAAGACAGCGAAGUUCGGAAGGGGACAGUGUUGAAACUGUAGAGGCCUCAAACAGCUCUGUGGGGGACGAUGGAAUCUAUGACGUGUCCGAAACCUUCCCGCUCAAAUCCCCUCCCUACCAUGUUGAGCAUCAUGUGACAUUUACAUGUGACACUUCCCCAGACGGUUCCGACACCGAACAUACAACACAUAAACCUCAAGAGGAGGUAACCCCGUGCAAAAAAGACUCUAAAAGGAGGCGAUUCCGCAAAAUGCUGACACGACCUCUGCGACGGAGUCACAGCGCAGGAUGUGCCAAGGACAUACCUGCUCAUGCUUUAUUUCUACAACACCAGGGGGACACCGAGAUAGAAUCGAUUGAGAGUCGAAGACUGAAGCUUGUGGCGAGCGAGUCCACUGAGUGCGAGACAGGCAGACGACCUCCACGCCCGAUACACAAGACAUCUUCAGCCGAUGCUGCCAUGAUGGCAUCAGAUGACAUCCCAUCAUUCAGCAAUCAGGCCAGGGCAAAGUCCCGAGGACUAGCAAAGAACAUGAAGAAGAAGCUCCAGUUCCUGCGUCGGAGACACACAGACACAUCUCUUGGUGUGACGCUCCGAGGAGAGAACGGCAAGAUCUGCCACCUCAACCAGGAAGACAUCCAACAGUGGAGCAAGUCCUUCGAGGCUCUCCUCACCGACAGACAUGGGCUGGAGUUGUUCAAAGGCUUCCUCAAGUCGGAAUUCAGUGAGGAAAACAUUGAGUUCUGGAUUGCCUGUGAGCAGUUCAAGACGACUAAGUCCAGCAAACUCACCUCUGUUGCCAACAAGAUCUACACCGAUUUUGUGGCAGUGCAAGCACCAAGAGAGAUCAAUCUCGACUCCAAGACUCGAGUGAAGACCCUAGGAAAUCUCAGUCAGGUGACUCGACAGACGUUUGAGGAUGCUCAGAAGCGAGUCCAGGCACUGAUGGAGAAGGACUCCUACCCACGCUUCCUCCAGUCAGAGCUAUACCAACGUCUUCUCAUGACCCCUCAGAAAUCUUGAACUCUCUCCCGGUGUAAGAGACACGAUGCAAACAUUCGAAAGACUUGCAAUUCUGUGACAUGGAAAAAAAACAGACUUCUAAUCUGUGAUUUGCAAAUCAUUUUUUUUGCAAACUGUUGAAACUUUGCGCUAAAAACAUGACAGACUUGUUUGUGCAGACUUCAACACCUUUUCCAGUUGUGAAGAAGGCAGAUAUUGAACGUGGAAGUGGAAGGUGAAACUCACUUCCACAUUGGUGGACUCAGGGUUCAUGACAUGGGAUGAACCAGGGUAAAUGCAGAUUGCGUUUUGUGUAAUUUGCAAGAGUGGGAGAACAUAUUAGUGCUCACCAUGUUUCCAAAUACCAUAUUCGACAUAAUAAGUGCCUACGGCGAUAUUUGCAAAUAUAUUGGCUAGUGAACAAUCCCAAUUAGCACCCUUCCGAUUGAUCAAUGUACACAAGACUUAUUUAUUCGUGUAUAAUACGCACUCGUGUGUUAUAUGCACCCUAAAUUAUGGGCAAUUAAAUUCUGGAAAAAUAUAUAUGUCGUAUAUUAACAUCUCAGGCCGUCAGCAUAAACCACGAAAUUUACGAUCUUUCAACCAAAAUAAUAUUCUAAUAAGAGCCUCCUAUUUCUAAUUUUGAGAGCGCCCUGGGUGCUUAUUACGUUGAAUACGGUACACUGAAAGAUAUAUCCUAUUUUACCACUCAUCACAACGUAUAUCAGUGUCAUAUAGGAUAUAUAUGCACAUUGACACUCCAUCACACAAGAAUCGCAUGAAAGUUGUAUGCCUAAUGCAAAUCCAUCACAGUCAUGACUAAUCCAUAUCUCUCAAAACAUCCCUCACAUUAUGUACAGCUUUUUUGUUAAUACUUUGUUUUUUCAAUAAUCAGGGUUUGUUUUUCAACUGUUUUAUGCUAAUGACAACGAUAUACUGGCAACUGAUAAAUCGAAAUUGAUAUUAUUCAUAGCUCAAAUCAUUAAUGUGGAAGAAAAUAUAAUGUGAAUGAAUUGUGUCUGAAAUUCUUGAAAUGACUUUUAAAAUUGACACAUUUUCAAUUAAUUGUGCAAUUAUUCUGAGCAAUAGUUGUUAUAUGAAAAAAUGUUAUGAAAUCUUAAACAUACAUGUAGUCGAGUUUAGGCAGGGUCGGGACAUCUGCAAUUUGAACAUGCUACACUCGUUAUGCAAACCUGUUUUUGUUAUUCAACUUUUUAUUGUUGUUGAUAAGUUUGGUGUUUUUUUCUCCCUGGACUGGUUUCCGGGGUACAAGUUGCAGAAAGUUGGAUGUUGUGGUUGUCAUCAACAAAUAGUUGAUAGUGCAUAAUUUCACUACUAUAAACUCAUUUACCAACAUUCACACUUUAUAUACCAUGUUUUGUAUAGAGUCAAUGAAAAAAGAAACGGAAAAAACGUAUAAAAAUACAUUUUUAUUGUAUUGUACGAUGUUGAAUGAGAAGUUGUGUAUUUUGUGCUUUAUACAUGGAUCCACUGUCCAAAGAAAUAAAAGUUAUUAUUAUUGCUA